AUGUCAUCUACAGACACGGGGGCUGGGUACAGACAAGCCAAAGACUGGGACGCGAAUCAAUACCUCAAAUUUGAGCAAGAGCGUACGCGUCCCGUGCAUGAUCUUCUGGCUCAGGUUCCUGUCUCUUCUCCGCGACGCGUGGUUGAUCUAGGAUGCGGCCCGGGGAAUUCCACGGAGGUGUUGGUCUCCAAAUGGCCAGACGCCCAAAUCUCGGCCAUGGACUCAUCGCCUGACAUGGUCGAAAAGGCGCGCGCCAGACUCUCGAAUGUUGAGUUUGAGUUGGGCGAUUUGAAUACCUGGACGCCUACCACCGAGGAGAAAGUGGAUGUCUUCUUCUCCAACGCGGUGUUUCAAUGGAUUCCGUCCGAGAAGAGACUACCCCUUAUCAGCCGCUUUAUCGAAAUGCAAGCCCCCGGCGGCGUAUUCGCGUUUCAGGUACCGGACAAUUCCCUUGAGCCCUCGCACGCAAUGAUGCGUGAGACCGCUUCAGAGGCCAAUAAGCCUUGGACGGAAGUUCUACGCAAUCGGCAACCGGCUCUAGCCCGUUUCCAGUCUACACAAGAAAUUUACGAUGCUUUGAUUCCGUUGUGUGAGAGUAUAAAUGUCUGGCACACGCAUUAUUAUCACGUACUGGAAAAUCAUGAGGCGGUCGUGGAGUGGGUGAAGGGGACGGGUUUGAGGCCGUUUAUUGAUCCAUUGAGUGAAGAGGAUAGAAAGGGGUUUGUGGAGGCGUAUUUGGAAAGGAUUAAAAAGGUGUACCCGGUUUCGGUGGAUGGAAGGGUGAUUCUGAAGUAUCCAAGGUUGUUUGUUGUUGCUGUUAGGAAGUAG